GCAGAGCGGACGCACCGCUGGCACCGCUGGACGCACCGUGAACUUUUCCUUCUGAUUAAUAACUUCUAAUUAAACCACAAUCAUCUGCCUGAAUAAAAGAACGCUACUGGAAUAUUAUUCAGAAAAUUUUGAAGUCUAACUCAACACCGUAACUCCGGACACCCCAGCUCGGUCAAAACCACUGUGCCAGGCUCGAAGCAAGGCCCAGUGUGCAGACGUAUGUGUGUGCACCCAUUUGUACAUCUUGUGUGAGGAUGAGGGCCAUCGCACUGCUGCUGCUGCUGGGUCUCUGGGUGACCACGGAGGCUGGGGCUUCCAGGUUAGUCCGUGACUCUCAGGGCACCCCUGAAGCUUUAGAACCAUCCAGGAACAACACCGCCAUCCAGCCUCUGCCCCCACAACCAGGCCGACCACGGAACUCUUUCCCCCCGAUGUGCAUAAAGCCCACAGAGAUCAAACACACCUUUAAAUAUGUGAACACCAUCAUUUCCUGUCUGAUCUUUGUGGUGGGGAUCAUUGGCAACUCUACGCUGCUCAGGAUCAUAUAUCGGAACAAGUGUAUGAGGAAUGGACCCAACGUCUUGAUUGGCAGCCUGGCGCUGGGGGAUCUGCUUUAUAUUAUCAUUGCCAUCCCCAUCAAUGUGUACAAGCUAAUAGCUGAAGACUGGCCGUUUGGGGUGUACGUCUGUAAGUUAAUGCCAUUCAUCCAGAAAGCCUCAGUUGGAAUCACAGUCCUCAGUUUGUGUGCCCUCAGUAUUGAUCGCUACCAUGCAGUGACAUCGUGGAGCAGGGUGAAGGGAAUGGGAAUCCCUGUGUGGAAAGCAGUGGAGGUGACGCUGAUCUGGCUGGUUGCUGUGGUGCUGGCAGUACCUGAGGCACUGGCUUUUGACAUGAUGGAGAUGCCGUACAGAGGCAACAAGCUGCGCAUCUGCCUGCUGCAUCCAGAACAAGCCACCAGCUUUAUGAAGUUCUACCAGGAAGUCAAAGACUGGUGGCUGUUUGGCUUCUAUUUCUGCUUCCCUUUGGCCUGCACGGGAAUCUUCUACACGCUCAUGACCUGUGAGAUGCUCAGUCGCAAAAAAGGCAUGCGCAUCGCACUCAACGACCACAUGAAGCAGCGGAGGGAAGUGGCGAAGACGGUGUUCUGCCUGGUGUUGAUCUUUGCUUUCUGCUGGCUGCCUCUUCAUCUCAGCCGUAUUUUGAAGAAAACAGUCUACGACCAAAAUGACCCCAACCGCUGCGAGCUGCUCAGUUUCCUCUUAGUGAUGGAUUACAUCGGCAUCAACAUGGCCUCUCUAAACUCCUGCAUUAACCCGAUUGCCCUCUACUUUGUCAGCCAGAAGUUUAAAAACUGUUUCCAGUCCUGCCUGUGCUGCUGGUGCUACAGAACAUCUCCUCUGGAUGAGCGAGGCUCAGGAGGCCGAUGGAAGGGCUCUUGCCAUGGAAACGGACUGGACCGCUCCAGUUCCCGCUCCAGUCAGAAAUACACAAGCUCUUCAUAAACGCACAACCCUCGCUGCACAGCCCAACUUCCCAAACAGAUGCUCCCAUCAGCUCCCAUCACGGAGAAACAGCAGAGUCACUGCCAACAUGUCGACGAUCAGGUCUGAGUCAGGGGGCGGAAAUGGAGAGGGGUGGAAGUCUCCUCUGCAGAGCUCCCCACAGACAGAAAGACUCAGACGCCAACCCAAACCGAUGAACGAAAUAAGAAGACUGUAGCCGUUCAGGCUGUAUUAUUAAAUGCAGAAGCUAUGAUGAAACCAAAGCUGCAUACAUGUGUUCAUGCUUUUGACACUGAAGCUUGCGUAGAGGACUUUAAGGGCUCUCACUGGACCAGAAAGUCAAAUACAUUUGUAGAUGUUUGAAUCAAGUCAUUUGUAAAUUUAUGUACAGGAUUCUUUACGUGUAGACUGCGACUUUUGCUUAUAUCUAGCCAAAGUGCUUCAUGUAUGAAUAAGCACUGAUCAGUACAACCUGUUAAAGCUUUAACACCUCAUGGGGAAAGCUCAAGGGAAACUGUGACGCUGAGUCCUUUGAGACUCAAAGGACUGGCACCUUUGAGACCCAGCGUCUCAGAGGCGCCAGUCUUUUUACUUAUAUAAGAUCAGUAGUUGAUUGUUUGACUAUGAAGUGUAUGUAGUUUGUCCUGAAUUCCUAUAUGUGUUGGUUACUUCAUACCCGAUUUAAAUGGGCCCCACUGUGUACCUUACAGUCAUGUGGAGAGUUGCACAUGGGAAAUCUUUUUUAUCGCUUCUUCUCAAGUCAUGUGGUGGCAGCUGUUGUCUAAGAACACUGGCAAACACCAGAUGAUGUGUCAUGCUUCGUGUAAAAAGUCCUUACCCCGUCUUACAACGUAGCUUCUAUUUUUCUGAGAAAACACAAAGCACAUGAAGAGCUUGUGUAAACCUCCAACCUGAAGUGUUCACUUAUUACUGAAUGUUUCCUUCAUCAGACAAAGGUAACGCUGCAAAGAUGCUCCUGUUCCUGUUACUUUGAUUACUUUUUAUUAUUAUUAUUAUUAUUAUUAUUAUUAUUAUUAUUGUUACUAUUGAGCCAUUUAAAUGCUUUUUAUAUGGAAAUGUAAAUAUGUAUAGCAGGGCGAAUGUCUUCAGGUGGAUUGACUGAACUACAUAUUGAUCCUUGGGGCGGUACGUGGGUGCUUUGCAGUAGGAGGGUUCUGCCCAGUGCUUCAGCUUCCUACCAAAGACAUGCAUGUUAAAUCAGCCAUUGGGGUGACUGUAAGUUUUUGUUUCUGAGAGUUAUUGGGACAACCAGGUUGAACCCCACAUCUUGGCUGAUGUCAGCUGGACUGUAAGCCUCCCUAUGAAUGAAAAAGCAAGCAUAUGAUGGAUACUGAGAAUCUUUAAAUCAUCCUGAGUAGAUUUUAGGAUAACUUACUGAGUUUAUGUACUUUAUACAAGAGAAACUAAACUAGUUCAAUUAAAUGUCCAAUUUAACCUAGUCCAUCAAAACCUGUUUAUACAAGGCUAAUUUAUAACAUCUACAGACAGUCAGUGGAUCAUAUCUUCACCUCGAUUCAAACCCUUGCUAAAAAAAUGGUUUUUAAUAUAUAUUUUCAGAUUAUCUUUCAUGUAAAGCUGAUACAUGUUUACUUUAUUCCUGCUUGGACUAUAUAUUUUCUCCCACAUGUUGCAGUAAUCUAUAAAUCAGCUGAACAGGAACUCGUGAAACUGGUGUCAAAUCGUGCCAUCUCCACCCUGUUUAGCUACAUCUAAACGUGACCAUAUGUUGGAGGCUCAGAGCAGUUUUGAGUGGAAACAUGUUGGAAUCAUGGGAGGCUGAAGCCCAAAAUGUGUGAAUACGAUGUUGGUCCUGAUUUAAAUACAUUUAUACAGUACAUAUGUGUUCAGAGUAUGCAGUAAUAAAUAUUAUUUUAUA